UGUGUUUCUGUCGGUGAGUUAGUGUUACCAAGUGAUGAUGGAACAGUCUGAGCGGGAAUAAAUACCAGCAUGUUUCAAACACUAAGCCAUCAGACAGGAGACAUUCACAGGAGCGGACAGGAGUCCCCAAAAGAAGUGAUAAAACUGUACCAACCGUCCCGAGAUGAAGACAUUCAGCGCUGCAGUCGCGGUGGCCGUGCUUGUUUUUGUUCGCAUUCAGGCGAUUGGCGCCUUCCCAUUCACUGGAGUGCAGGAGCUGGCGGAGGCGAUGAGCCGCGACGGCGCAGCCGCAGCACGGGAGGAGGAGACGUCGGCCGAAACGUGGAUGUUGCCGUAUGACGUCAGGCGGGAGCGGUACAGCGGCCCUGUCAGAUGCCGAUACUGCUGCGGCUGCUGCGCCCUGGGUGUCUGCGGCAUGUGCUGCGAGUGACAGUUCCUGCACGUCAGACCUCACUGUACAUAUUUGUUGUCAUUUGACCAUGUGGCGCGCUGUAACUCUAAUGUGAUUUUAAUGUCAAUUAAAUGUCGUGAUAUCAAAAUGA